AUGGCCGAUAAUUCUACUAAUCAUCAUCCGAAAGUGAUAUUACCGAGGGACCAAACUAGCGUUAAUGGUUCUGAUGUGAACGAUGCCAAUUAUAACUUAACUGUAGAUCAUGCCUUAAGGUAUCAGAAACUAUUGGCCAAUAGAGCAGGGACGAACUUGGCAACUGGCCCACUUAUGACCAAAAGGUUAAGAGAACAGAAAGAGGGGCAAGAUUCUGCUAGCGCUCAGGCAGCUCAAAGUAUAGAUUAUCUUUACAUAAGAGCUAGGUUACCGGAUAGAACUGCGCUGGAUUAUCAAUUGAGUGUUACUAGUACACUCCAUUCGUUAUAUGAGACUAUAAGGGGAUCACUAAUAGAGACUGCUGCUGCGCAGGUCUCAGUCAGCUUGUCGAGCCCUUUCAUCAAACUAAAGGAUGACGAUACUGUUACACUCUUGGAUGCUGGAUUUAGUAAGAAAACUCUAGUUCUUGUGGAGGUUGGUGAUUGUUCGCCACCAUAUCUAAAGCCUCAUCUUUUGGCGAAUGCAAAGGCCUAUGCAGAACAACAACAGAAAGAACAAAAGAUACAGGAGAAUUCAGGUGGGGAAUCCAUUGCAGAAGGACCCAAGCCCACCAGGAAAUUGACCAAAGCCCCUAAAUGGUUGAAGUUAAGCAAAAAAUAA